GAGCGCACAGCCGGGCGGGGGCCGAGGCUCGAGGGGCGGCGCCGAGAGGAACGGGGCGCGGGCCCGGAGCGCGGCGGCGGCGGCGGCGGCGGGGGAGGCGCGGAGGGCGCAGGGCGGAGGCGCGGGCCGAGGGGGGAGGGCGAGCGGAGAGGGAGGAGCCCCCGGCCGCCGCCGCCAGCCCGCCCGGCGGCCGCGCAGCCCGCACUCGUCGCCGCGCCUCGGAGUUUGAGCCCCAGCGCUGCCGGAGCGCAGGCACGCCCGGGGCGCGGGGUCGGAGCGCGCAGCGCGGCGCCGCCCCCCGGCCCUCGGCCCCCCAACCCCGGCGCCCCCGGAGCGGCGCGCGGAGGGAGGAGGGCGGGCGGGCGCGGCGGGCCGGGCCGGCGGGCGGCGGACUAUGAGGCGCCCACCAUGGUGCGAUGCGACCGCGGGCUGCAGAUGCUGCUGACCACGGCCGGAGCCUUCGCCGCCUUCUCGCUCAUGGCCAUCGCCAUCGGCACCGACUACUGGCUCUACUCCAGCGCGCACAUCUGCAACGGCACCAACCUGACCAUGGACGACGGGCCCCCGCCCCGCCGCGCCCGCGGCGACCUCACCCACUCUGGUCUGUGGCGGGUGUGCUGCAUCGAAGGGAUCUAUAAAGGGCACUGCUUCCGGAUCAAUCACUUCCCAGAGGACAAUGACUACGACCACGACAGCUCGGAGUACCUCCUCCGCAUCGUGCGAGCCUCCAGCAUCUUCCCCAUCCUCAGCACCAUCCUGCUCCUGCUGGGUGGCCUGUGCAUCGGUGCUGGCAGGAUCUACAGCCGCAAGAACAACAUCGUCCUCAGUGCUGGCAUCCUCUUCGUGGCUGCAGGCCUCAGUAACAUCAUCGGUAUCAUCGUCUACAUUUCCAGCAACACAGGUGACCCGAGUGACAAGCGGGACGAAGACAAAAAGAACCAUUACAACUACGGCUGGUCUUUUUACUUUGGAGCUCUGUCUUUCAUUGUGGCUGAGACCGUGGGCGUCCUGGCUGUAAACAUUUACAUUGAGAAAAAUAAAGAGUUGAGGUUUAAGACCAAACGGGAAUUCCUUAAGGCGUCUUCCUCUUCUCCUUAUGCCAGGAUGCCGAGCUACAGGUACCGGCGACGGCGCUCGAGGUCCAGCUCAAGGUCCACCGAGGCCUCGCCCUCCAGGGACGUGUCGCCCAUGGGCCUGAAGAUCACAGGGGCCAUCCCCAUGGGGGAGCUGUCCAUGUACACGCUGUCCAGGGAGCCCCUCAAGGUGACCACCGCAGCCAGCUACAGCCCCGACCAGGAGGCCAGCUUCCUGCAGGUGCAUGACUUUUUCCAGCAGGACCUGAAGGAAGGUUUCCACGUCAGCAUGCUGAACCGACGGACGACCCCUGUGUGAGCUGCCUGCCCUUUCUCUCCGCUCCAGCCUUUCCCCAGAAUGGCUCUUUUUGUCACACAGGAUGGCAUGUGAUCCUCAAGACGACGAACAAUGAACUAAAGCCAAAUGCAGCCCUCCCUGGCCUCCAGAGGUGGCGUGGGCUGGCUUUGCACGAAGGUUGUGCUGGGAGACCGGACCCGGGGCUACAGAAGAAGCUGAAGGCUGACUUUGUCCCCUCCCCGAAAAAGGGUGUUUUGAUGCCUCAGGGUCUCUGAAAUCUCCCGGGAAGCCCCAGAGCUUUCCUGAGGCUGCCUGGCCUUGAUCAACUUGGGAAGACAAAAUUGAGCCAUUAUCUCCUCUUGGAAACGAAUCUUGCCAGAAAAACGGGAUUUCAGGGCCUUCCCUCCCUGCCUGGGUGUCGGGCCACCAGAAGGCUCUGCCGGACGCCAAGAAGACGGUCUCUGGGCUCUUGUCAGCUGCUUUUGAACCUGAGGUUCCUGUGUCGUUGAGCCAGAAAUCAGACCACCGAAGCUCACUCCCUUCCUCUCCAUCUCUCCCUCUCUCCAAGACUCUGGCGGUGGCCUAUGAUCCUGAAGACAGCUCUGCAGCCAACUGGUGCUUCGGCCUUUGCGCUGUCCCGGGGCCAGCUUCCCUCGACCUGGGGAGGCCGUGGCCUGUGGAGGAGGCCCAGGUAAAGGCUGGGGGCUGUUGCUGGCUAUCCUCUUUGCUUCUGGAAGUUUCUGCCUCACUCAGAAUGGGCAGGACAGACCCACUGACUGGACUUCAGAGUCUGGAGGGUUCCAUCGGUCAGGGGAAUGGCGGCCACGUGACCUCUUGCCGUGCCCCUUGUCAUAGACCCAAGGAGCAACUCUGUCCCCUGAGCGUUGGGGGUCCCGGGGGAGAGGUGGACAGACACCUCCCUCCAACUGGCAUUUGGCAACAGGAGCCUGGACUUCUGUGCAAGAAAGGGAGACCUAAGGGUGAACAGUGGCCAAUAAAAACCCUAGAGAACAAACAUCCAUUUCCUAGGUGGUUACAAAUCAUAACUUCCUGCAAAUCAACACCAGGAGAGCAACUUACCUUCAUUUCUUUGUCUUAAAAAGUAGCAGCAACUGGCCCCACAACUCCUAUCGUUGUAACUUAUUCUGCCACCACCUAACAGGACGGAGUGAGUUUGGGGGCCGAGCUGGGCUUCUCUUCCUCCCUACAGAGGGGAGAUCUCAGCACUUUGUCCGGAGCUGAGGAAGUGGUUUCUGUGUUUUACAGUUUUUCCAGCCAUUCUUUUCUUCCCCCUCCUGAAGCAAGCAAAGAGCGUGGAAGCGUGUGCAGGCUUGGAAGAAGAACUCUCCAGAACAUGGAACUUAACCCUCUUUUGUAUAAAACAUGUGCUUUCUAAAGAAAAAUUGUUUCUUAUUUUCUGAGACUCCUUGAUCCACCCUGGAACAGUCGCCUGUAGUCCUGGUAGCUGUCGUGCUUGGAAAUAACGAGCGCAUCCUUGCCUCAGCUACCUGCUCACAGCCCAUGGGUGGACUCGGCCCCCUGGGGUUCAGACCCGGGUCCGUUCGGCCUAGUGAUGAUGUCAUCGUCCGUCCCAUCUUCCUUUGCCCCCAGGAAAGGACGCAUCCACCGGUAGCAGCCCCAGCUGACUGUCGCCGUGUGCUGGGGAUCUGAAAUGAGGCCUGCCAGGGCCCCUGUGUUCUGUGCUCCAGAGCCUUCGCUCCCAUCAGGGUUGGCAUCAUCUGAUGGCAUGUCCAAGUGUGCCCAGCAGCGGGUGCUGAAGCACCAGAGCUCAAGGCCUUCACCUGCUCUAGGCCAGCCCUGUCACCACACCCCCACCACCUCCACUGCCAUGACCAGGCCGAAGGCAGGGAACGCCCUCCCCAGUCCCACCGUCCAGCAAGGCCCCGAGACUUUUCUUCUGUGAUUUCCAAAAGCAAGGCAGCCGUGCUGUUCUAUUUCCUCUCCAUCCGCCACCUCCCCUCCCGCUGCCCCAGAAGUUUCUAUCAUUCCAUGGAGAAAGCUGUGUUCCAAUGAAUCCUACCUCUUGCCCAGCCCCAGGCAGAGUAAGCAGGGCCCACCUAGGGACCAAGAAAGAGUAGGAAGAAGAGGACGAGCCGGGAGCAAAACCACCUCAGACACCUGGGCCUUCUCAGCCUUCUCCCCGCGGCCAGCCGGGUCUCCGGGGACCCUGGGCCCUGGGCCGCCCAUUCCUGGCCCUCCCGCUGCAUCUCAGACCUGACACCCACCCGGGGGGAUGUGGUGGCCUGUGCCCACCUUCUCUCCCUCCUCCCAACCCGCCCCCUCGCCCCCACCCCUGUGUGUUUCGCCAGUUAAGCACCUGUGACUCCAGUACCUACUACUGGUUUUGGGUUGGUUGUUCUGUCUUUUUUUUAAUUAAAUAAAAACAUUUUUAAAAUG